GUCCACACCUUUAUAUUUAUCAUUUAGUUUCUGUAAAUUUUUCUCUCAGACCAAAAUUUCCAUACGCUUUUUUCUCUCUCUUCCCAAAAACAGCUCAGCCCUAUCUCCGUCACCGUCGUCCGGCCAAUCUCCGAAUCCCUCUAAAUCAUCUCAUCAGGUCUGAGCGUUGUGGUUGUCCGGGCCUAUUAGUUCAUUACCAAGUUUCAUGUCUGAGCUCGACGUCCAGAUUCCUACCGCCUUUGAUCCGUUUGCUGAGGCAAAUGCUGAGGACUCGGGUGCUGGAACAAAGGAGUAUGUGCACAUUCGUAUACAGCAACGAAAUGGUAGGAAAAGCCUGACAACAGUGCAGGGACUGAAGAAGGAAUUUAGCUACAAUAAGAUUCUCAAAGACCUUAAGAAGGAAUUUUGCUGCAAUGGUACAGUUGUCCAGGACCCAGAACAAGGCCAGGUGAUUCAACUUCAAGGUGAUCAGCGAAAGAACGUGUCUGCCUUCCUAGUUCAGGCUGGCAUUGUGAAGAAGGAUAACAUCAAAAUUCACGGUUUCUGAGCUGCAGGAACUCAAGUCUGCACAAUCCAUCCCCUCUUGAACAUGUUAUUUGGAUAUUAUAUCGGCCAAGUUUGCUAUUUGAAUUGUAUUUUUAGUUUGUUUUAAUAUUUAAGGCAACUGUGUGAUGCGCCAUGAAUAUGCUACUGGAAUGUAUGACAACUUCUUUCUAUCUUAAUCAUAUUAUAAGUUCGUGUUCUCUAAA